AUGGAGUCUGGUUGUUUUUGGAUUCUUUUAGCCAUUGCAAUCACCCUGCUUAUGAUCAUGAAUAAGCUACUAAACUAUCCAUAUGACAAGAAAAACCUUCCACCAGGUCCAAAACCAUGGCCUCUCAUUGGCAACCUUAACCUCAUUGGCCCUCUCCCUCACAGAUCUCUUCACACGUUAUCCCAAACCUACGGAAAACUCAUGCACCUCAAGUUUGGUUCCACCCCAGUUGUCGUAGCUUCGUCCCCUGACAUGGCUAGACAAUUCUUGAGAACCCAUGAUAGUAUUUUUGCUUCCCGGCCUCUAACUGCAGCCGGGAAGUAUACCACUUAUAACUAUCACAACAUUACGUGGGCCCCGUACGGGCCCUACUGGAGCCAAGGUAGGAAAAUCUACCUUAACGAGCUUUUUAGCUCAAAAAGAUUGGGCUCUUCCGAACAUAUUCGUAUUCAAGAAAUGCAGACUUUUCUUUCUCGUCUACAUACCAUGUCUGGAGAAACAAUUACGCUAAAAGACCAUGUUUCACGGAUUAACCUUAGCGUAAUUAGUAGGAUUGUAUUGGGCCGUAAGUACUUUAGCAAAUCAGAAGAUGAGAAGGAGACCGUGACGCUUGAAGAGUUUCAAGAGAUGCUGGAUGAAUUGUUCUUGUUAAAUGGGGUGUUAAAUAUUGGAGAUUGGAUGCCAUGGACAGGGUUUAUGGAUUUGCAAGGGUAUGUGAAGAGAAUGAAAGCUUUGUGUAAGAGGUUUGAUAGGUUUCAUGAUCAUGUGUUGGAGGAGCAUAGGGCACGAAUGAAAGUCGAGGGGAGGGAAUUUGUAGCAAAAGAUAUGGUCGAUGUGUUGUUGAAGUUAGCUGAUGAUCCUAAUCUUGAGGUGAAGCUCGACUCAGAUGGUGUCAAGGGGUUUAUACAGGAUUUGAUAGCAGGGGGAACUGAUACAGCUGCGACAACGGUAGAAUGGGCAAUGUCUGAGCUGAUAAAACAACCCCAUUUAAUGAUGAGGGCAACCGAAGAGCUCAAUAGGGUGAUUGGUAGAGAACGAUGGGUCCAGGAGACCGAUUUCCCAAAUCUACCUUUCAUAGAUUCAAUUCUAAAAGAAACAAUGAGGAUGCACCCUGUGGCAGUCUUACUGGCACCACAUUUAGCCCUUGAAGAUUGCAAAGUCGCAGGAUAUGAUAUCGCCAAAGGCACAACAGUUUUCAUCAACUCAUGGAGCAUUGGUCGAGACCCCGAUGUUUGGGAUGACCCAGAGAGUUUCCAACCCGAGAGGUUUUUAGGCAGGGACGACAUAGAUGUAAAAGGGCAGAAUUUUGAGUUGCUUCCAUUUGGGUCGGGUCGAAGGAUGUGUCCAGGUUAUAGCCUUGGCUUAAAGAUGAUGAAGUCAUUGCUGGGGAACUUAUUACAUGGAUUUUAUUGGAAACUGCCAAACAAUAUGAUGAUUGAUGAAGAUAUAAAUUACAUGGAAGAGGUGUAUGGGCUAUCUACACAAAGGAAGUUCCCGUUAGUCUGUGUCUUAGAGCCUCGGUUACCACCUCACAUGUAUAAAUAAAUCCACGGGCGUCUUUAAGUGUACAUUGUGAUAAUUUUCAUAAAUGUACUCAAUAUAUCUUAUGGCCCAUUUAUAAUAAUACUAAUAAAAUAUUUUAAAGUUCAAUUAA